CGCGCUGACGGGUCGCGGGCGGAUACGCGGCUCGGGCGGACACGCGGCUUUCCGUGCUCUCUAGGUUUUCCUGCUCCGGGCCUCCGGCUUUCAGUUCCGCCAUGGCUCCCAAAGGCGGCUCCAAGCAGCAGUCCGAGGAGGACCUGCUCCUUCAGGAUUUCAGCCGCAACCUGUCGGCCAAGUCGUCGGCGCUGUUCUUCGGGAACGCGUUCAUCGUGUCUGCCAUCCCCAUCUGGUUGUACUGGCGCAUAUGGCAUAUGGAUCUCAUCCAGUCUGCUGUUCUCUACAGUGUGAUGACGUUGGUGAGCACUUACUUGGUGGCCUUUGCAUACAAGAAUGUAAAAUUUGUCCUCAAGCACAAAGUAGCACAGAAGAGGGAGGAUGCUGUUUCCAAAGAAGUGACCCGAAAACUUUCUGAAGCUGAUAAUAGAAAGAUGUCUCGGAAGGAGAAAGAUGAAAGAAUCCUGUGGAAGAAGAACGAAGUUGCCGAUUAUGAAGCCACAACGUUUUCCAUCUUCUACAACAACACUCUGUUCCUGGUUUUGGUCAUUGUUGCUUCCUUCUUCAUACUGAAGAACUUCAACCCCACAGUGAACUACAUUUUGUCCAUAAGUGCUUCCUCUGGACUCAUCGCCCUCCUCUCGACUGGCUCCAAGUAGACCGUGUAGCUUGGCCCCCGCCUUUGCAUCUACGGGUGGCCUGUGCUAUGUGGAAAAGUAUCCGGGUGGCCAGGUUGGGAGACAUACAAGAUGUUUUUAUAGUCUGGAGUUGGAGGGUUUAAAAAUGCAAUAGAAUGUAAUUUAGUGUUUGUUUAUUGGCUCUUUUGACAGAUUGUUGAAAUUAAAUGAAUUGAAAGGGAAACUCAGAGUACCAGGACAUUUAUUAAAAGGCAAGAAGUCUUGCAAUGUGCUCUAAUCACAAGAGGAGAAAGUAACUUGUUUCCUACAUCUGUCAGAGGUCAUGGUAACCUGGACUGAGCUGUUAUUAUUUAUAAUAGGAGGAAGAAGUUAAUAACUGGUUCUCUGUGUUCCAAGCACAAUAUUACAACUUUUGACUGUAAAUCUCAGUGAAUCCUCUUCCCAAAGGAUUAAACAGAAGUCUCUGAGUUUGUAAUUUAUAAUAACUCAAAAACAUGGCCUCUUCACUUUGAGGGAGAGAAACUUGCAACUUUUUUUUUUUUUUUUUU